CUCCCGUUCCCCCCUCCCUCUCCGGUUGUCGCGAGAUCCCGGCUUCGGCUCCCGGUCUGUGACAGCUACCUCGGUGACAGCGGCGCUGCUGGGCCAGGCGAUGGCGGCCCUCCGGCGGCUGCUGUGGGCGGCGCCGCGGCGCCUGGGCCCCCCCUUGUCCGGGCCGGGACCCAGGCCGGGGCCGGGGCGGUCGCUGUGGGGGCGGCCGGAGCCGGAGGAGCGGGAGGAGGACGAGGAGGCCUGGCAGCGGCGGCGGCGGCGGCGGCGCUGGGGGGAGCUGGGCGCGGCGGCCGCGGCCGGGGGCGGGCUGGUGGGCGCCGUGUGCCACCGGCUGUACGGGCCGCAGCCGCAAUGCCCCCCCGACGAGCCGGGCCCCGAGCCCGCCCCCGGCCCCCCAGCCGCGCGCCUGCCCCUGGCCGUGGCCGCCGCCGCCAGGGACAGCACGGUCGCUGCUGGUAAAGCAGAUUUGGAAGACUUGGAUGUCUUUGCCACUUCUCGGGAGAGACGGUUUCGUUUAUUUGCUUCUUUAGAAUGUGAAGGACAAUUAUUCAUGACUCCACGCGAUUUCAUUCUGGCUGUUACAACUGAUGAGCCCAAACGUGUUAACCAGUGGAGAUCACUUUCCAAACAGGAAUUAAAUGAAAUGCUUAAAGAAACACCACCAGCUUGGAAAGGAUCAUCGAAACUUUUUCGAAAUCUUAAGGAAAAAGGUGUGAUUUCUUACACAGAGUACCUGUUUCUUUUAUGUAUUCUAACAAAGCCUCAUGCAGGUUUUAAAAUAGCUUUCAAUAUGUUUGAUACUGAUGGCAAUGAGAUGGUGGAUAAAAAGGAGUUUUUGGUGCUUCAAGAAAUAUUCAGGAAGAAAAAUGAAAGGAGAGAAGCCAAAGGAGAUGAGGACAAGCGGGCACUGUUGCGUGUGCAACUUUAUGGACUCCAUGCCUCUCCUACUAAUGUACUUAAAACAGGAGAACUCAUCUCCAGAAGCUACUGGGAUACGCUGAGACGGAACACGAGCCAGGCCCUCUUUUCCGACCUUGCUGAGCGAGCUGAUGACAUCACAAAUUUAGUGUCAGAUACUACGCUGCUUGUACACUUUUUUGGAAAGAAAGGCAAAGCUGAGCUCAACUUUGAAGACUUUUACAGAUUUAUGGACAAUCUGCAAACAGAGGUUCUGGAAAUUGAAUUUCUUUCCUAUUCCAACGGCAUGAACACCAUCAGUGAGGAAGACUUCGCCCGCAUUCUGUUGCGAUAUACAAAUGUGGAAAACACAACCGUGUUUUUGGAUAAUGUGCGCUACAAUAUGAUAGAAGAAAAGGGCAUCACAUUCGACGAAUUCCGGUCCUUCUUCCAGUUUCUGAACAACUUGGAGGAUUUCGCCAUUGCCCUGAACAUGUACAACUUUGCAAGUCGCUCUAUAGGGCAAGAUGAAUUCAAGCGUGCCGUCUACGUGGCCACGGGCCUGAAGCUCUCGCCCCAUCUGGUGAACACCAUCUUCAAGAUCUUUGAUGUGGACAAAGAUGAUCAGCUGAGUUACAAAGAAUUUAUCGGCAUCAUGAAAGAUCGGCUGCAAAGAGGAUUCCGGGGCUACAAAACACUUCAGAGAUACCCCACCUUCAAAUCCUGCCUGAAGAAGGAACUCCACAGCAGAUAGGAGCCGAGUGCAGGAGAUGCCCAGCCUGCCAGCUGUGAUUCACUGACUCACUCUCCAUGCACUCCUUCCCAUUCCCUUCUCGAGGCAACAUGAAGUCUAAGGAGGAUCAGCUGAGUAGUGUGGGGAAGACGCAUGUCCUUCGUGUUUGUCUAUUUAUUUAUUUACUUUGGGGCGAUUUGCCCAUCAAGGAAGACAACAGGUGCCUCGUGGACUAGGGGGCAAGGAAGGAAGAUGCAUCUGUUGGGUCUCCGGGAAGGGCGCUCACUCUUUUGGCUAGCGCGCAUCCCUCGGGCCCAGCUCUCCACACACGGGGGUUGAGGUCCACAUUGGUUAAGCCUCGUUCUAUCCUGAUACAGCCUCGUGCCUCGAGCUGUGAUGCACUGUGGACUUUGAGAGAGCUGCAUGAAGGGGUCUCGUUGUGGGAAUCACAGGAAAUCCUGUGCUGCCCCACCCCCCACUUCCCACCCAUGCCUGUCUGCCUGCCAUCCUAGCUCUCCAGUGAGCAGUCCCUUGCAGUGCUCAGGGCCUCUGCAGCACGCUUCUGCCCCCCGGAGGCAGCUUGUCCUCCCGUCCUGGACUGCAUGAGAAGAACUCGUUUCUGGGCAGGUUAGACUUACCCUAGAAUGGAUACAAUUUGGUUGGAAAGAAUGUUUGUGCCAUGCUAUUUAUUGGUCGUGAUUUAUUCUUUCUUGAAAAAGGACCACGUGUGACAGCAGGGCCUGCAGCGGGGCCUAAGAAUUUAUUGUUCUCAGAACCAUCAGCCUUUAAAGGACAGAAGGUUAAAUCUCUUUUAAGAACAAUGAAAAUUCGCUUUGCAAACAGAGGAAAGAGUUUGAUGCUUCUUGACUGAUUAUUGCAAGUCUGUUCAUUAAUGAAAUGCUCCCCGUUGAUCACCAUAUGAAAAUGCCACUGAAAGCUUUGCAUGCUGUGUGACUAAUUCCUGUGAGAUGCCGUCUUAGCUCUGGGGUGAUUAGCUCUCCAGAAAAUCUGCAAUGCCAGCUUUACUUUAACUGUAAGGAUUUUAUCAGGGCAGUCCCUUCUUCCACCAGUCCAGAUGACAGUGACCUCCAUGAGUUGUCCUAAAGACAAAAUCAUCCCUGGGGGCCAGUCCUCUGGGGCUGACCACCUUCACAUGAGCCAGGCCUUUCAGUGCCAGGCCUAGUCAGUCCUGAGGCGUGUCCUGGCCUUUCCAGCAAUGUAAGAGAGGAUGCAACGCGAGAGGUGCCAGGCCCCCUUCCCCUGCUAUAAGGCACCUGAGGGUAAUGUCAGCGGAGCAGAGAUGAUCAAAAGAUCAUCUGCGGUGGAUGUUUCAAGAGGGCAGCGCCGAUGGCCGGCACUCUGACUCUGGCUAGCUCCCUGACCCAGAGUUUGCUGUUGUCUGCACUGGUCUAGGAAGGGGCAAACCUGAAACUUAAGGGUCACCUUCCUUUGGUUCUACUUGCACAUUUAAGAUACAAUUUGGGGAUUUGGUUCAAGGCCAAGGGAGUGAAUGAAAAGCUCCUGCUAUUCCACGUGAGGUAGCGCUUCUAAGUCCAGCUUAACUUAGAGUAAAUUGUUCCCAGUGUUAGCUCUUGGUGGGAAAUGUGAUGCUGUGCUGCUCACCCAAGGUCCGAGAGAAAGCCUGGCCUUUGGGCAGUGUGGCCCAUCGCAGCAGGCCUGAGCCCGCCCAGAAGGUGGGGUGCGCUAGUGAAAUCAGCUAUCGUUUCUUACCACAAGGAAGUAGGUGAGUGUCUGUCUGUGUGUAAGACUGCCAUGUAAUAUACUAUGUGAAUGAGCAAAAUCCUGCCGGAAACUUCUGCUGAUGACCGUGCAUCUCUGUGUGCUAGCAAUACUUGCCUCUGUACCAUCCUUCAUGGAAAGAUUGCUAUCAGAUCCCCAUGUCAAUCCCUAGCAUCACGCUGGACAGAACUCCUGCGUUCUCAAUGUCACAUCAUGAAAUAAAAGUCUGAAGUGACAUCUC